UUGGCCCUCAUCGGAUGCCGUAGACGGGAAGAUGGCGACGCUCGCGCUAGUUAGCCGUCCUGCGAGUGUCCUUCCGAAGAUUCCGAAGGGCUGCUGUCCCCCCACCGUGUUAUCAGCCUCUUGCGUGGGCCCAAUUCAGCAGAGGAAGCUGCACCAUGCCGUCAUCCCCAAAGGGAAAGGAGGCCGCUCGUCAUCCAGUGGCAUCGCCGCCACCGUGUUCGGUGCUACAGGCUUCCUGGGCCGAUAUGUGGUCAGUCGGCUGGGUCGGAUUGGCUCGCAGAUCAUAAUCCCUCACCGGUGUGAUCAGUAUGACACCAUGUAUUUUAAGCCUAUGGGGGACCUGGGACAAAUCAUUUUUAUGGAGUGGGAUGCCAAGAACAAAGACUCCAUCAAACGAGCUUUGGAGCACUCCAACGUCGUCAUCAAUCUUGUGGGAAAAGAGUGGGAAACAAAGAACUACCGCUUUGAGGAUGUCUUUGUGAGCAUCCCUCAGCAGAUCGCCAAGGCAACCAGAGAGGCUGGCAUCACUAAGUUCAUCCACAUGUCUCACCUUAAUGCCGACAUCCGCAGCCCAUCCAAAUACCUGAGGAACAAGGCUGUAGGAGAGACGGCAGUGAGAGACGAGUUUCCCGACGCCAUCAUCAUGAAGCCCUCUGAGAUGUUCGGGAGGGAGGACAGGUUCUUCAACUACUACGCAAACAUGCGUUGGUUUGGCAACGCCGUUCCGCUCAUCAGCCUCGGGAAGAAAACUGUCAAGCAACCUGUUCACGUUGUCGACGUGGCGAAGGCCAUCAUCAACGCGGUCAAAGACCCAGAGGCCAAUGGCAAGACGUACGCACUCGUCGGUCCCAACCGGUACCUGCUCCACGACCUGGUGGAAUACAUCUACGCCAUCGCUCACAGGCCCUUUGUGCCCUAUCCACUUCCUCGCCCACUCUUUCUCCUGGCUGCUCAGUUUUUCGCAUUGAACCCAUUUGAGCCCUGGACGACACCAGACAAAAUAGAAAGGUUUCACGCAACCGACAUGAAGUACCCAGGACUUCCUGGUCUGGAGGAUUUUGGUAUCAGUCCCUCCGCCGUAGAGCGAAGGGCAAUUGAGAUUCUGCGUCGCCAUCGCCGAUUCCGUUUCCUGGAAGCUGACCUCGAUGCGACGAAGCCAGCGAAAACUGUCAACUACUAAAGUAUUGAAUCAGUGUCUGAGCGUCACUUUAACUCAAUUCUGUAUGUAAAUAAAUAAAAAAGAAACUCUU